CGCGGACCCCAGCCGCAGACGCAAAAACUUGUGGGGGGGGGGGGGGUGGAAACAAGUGGAAGAGGAACGAGGACGCACUCAUGGAAGUGGAGGAUAUUUAAGCACUUGCCUCGGGGGGCGCACAGACACCGCAGUCCAUGCCUCUGCCUUGCCGGGUCCUUGAUGGGAAACCAACUGGACCGGAUCACUCACCUCAACUACAGCGAGCUGCCCACGGGGGACCCGUCCGGGCUGGAGAAGGACGAGCUGCGCGUCGGCGUCGCCUACUUCUUCUCCGACGAGGAGGAGGAGGCGGACGAGCGCAGCACGCCGUCCGCCUGCGGCUUCGGCAUUAAGGAGCACAGCCCCGCCGACGAGGAGGACGCGGGACCGGGGGGGCCCUUCUCCCUGAGCGAGCUGGAGUACUCUGCGUUCCGCGCGCACGAGUGCAUCUUCUCCAAGCUGCGCGAGGACGACGACCUGGACGUGUACGCGGCCGCAACUUUGCUGGGCGUGUGCAAGCCGGGCGACCUGCUGGAGCUGGUGGCCGCCGCGCAGCCGCCGCACUGGGCGGUGUGCGAGCCCGGCGGCCGCGUCGUCCACCUGCACAAGGGCGAGAUCCGGCGGGACGGUCUGCUCGACGUGUGCAACGGCCGCCGCGGGAGGAUCGCCAACGGCCGCUACCGCUACCGGCCGCUGCCCGCCGACCUGGUGGUGCAGAACGCCGCGGGCCACGUGGGCUUGCGCAGCGACGAGAUUUGCUGGACCAACUCGGAAAGUUUCGCCGCGUGGUGCCGCUUCGGCAAGCGGGAGUUCAAGGCCGGCGGCGAGGCGCACUCGGCCGAGCAGCAGUACUUCCUCAAGGUGCACCUGGCCGGCAGGGGCGUGCACACGCUGGUCUUUCGCAGCCUGGAGGACAUGAUCCGGGAGAGGCGGCGGCUGGACGCCAGCGGGAUCCUCCAGGAGCAAGGAGUGAUCAGGGAUUCCGUUUGAUAUCGACCCUACCCUGUAGGGUUUGGACCUCGCCGUGAUGCGUUCAAAGACCGCAGACGCUGUGUUGUUGUGGAAUGUGGAACCGUGUAAACAAGACUCCGCCCCCCACCCCACGAAAGAAAAAAAACAAAAAAACAAAAAACUGCUCCCCCUCAUGACUGGCUUGGUUUUGCCUCGAAUCUCCGGCUGGAUGUUGGAUUUUUAUUUUAUUUCAUAUUUUUUUUGUUUGGGGGGGAUUUGAGAGCGAGAGUCCACCUUCUAUUUUUUACUGUUACCUUUAAGAGUUCCCCUCAUGGUCACACAUAAGCUGCCUAAUUAAUAACGAAAAAGAGAGAGAGAAAAAAGAAGCAUUUUUGGCUUAUUCAAAAAGCAAUCCCUCUUCUUGCCAUAUAUGACAAUAUUAAUGUAUUGUCACCCUACAGCCAUCCUGCUCCACAGCAAUGGAUGUGUGUUAAAAAGAAAAAAAAAUGUAUUCCUUUAUUUUUGUAUUUCCGUUGAGUGGAUUAUUGACCCUGAUCUUGUUUUUAUUCCCCUCUUUUUUUGAUUCAAAUAAAUGGAGGUUGAAAUAUGAAAACAAGUGCUUGGUCCAGCAGGUGUUAUUAGGUUUCCACACACACACGCCCACGACAGCUCUUAUUC